GGGGGUACCUGUAUGAGCUCGCUAGGAGACUGCAUGUACACUCGACAGCUGCGACAACCCAGGAGCGGAGCUCAUAGGGGUCAGCCGCGCAUACUUAUAUAUCAUCCCGCCGUCUCCCUCGCGUUACAGCAACCCCCCAUCCUCUCCCUUGCCCUCAUACCCCGCUAACGUUGUACCUCACCGUCAGCUUCGACGCCUCAGCAUGAUCAUGACUUCCCUGAACUUUGUGGACAAGGGCCUACUGAACUCCAGUCUAUGCCUUGAUGACGGACGCGUGCAGUUCACGACGAAGACGAAGAGGAACUGGAUUGGAAGGACGAAGGAGACGCGAUUACUCCGCGGGACUUCGGACUUGUCUGUCGCGUCGAUUCAGUGGCGGAACAAAGCCUUCGAAAUCAACGAGAAGACGUACUCAAUCAAACAGCUCAGGACGAAGUCCAGCUGUUGGACGCAGAAGUCUCAAUGGCAAUGGGGAUCGAGGACGUACUCCGUUAAGUGGAAGAAAGGCGGCUGGAUGAUAUUCCCUCCAUCUUCCUCUGACCCAAUAGCGACGCUGAAGCCGCGGAAACUGCGUCUAUUCCACAAGGACGUACCAGCGAGAGUUACACUUCCAUCCUCUCACUAUGGGAGCCUCAGCGACGAUGCCCUGUUCUUCCUUGUGCUCCUGAUUCACUUGCAAGCUACAAAAGAGCGGAAUGAGGGCAAGGCCGAAGCUGCUGGGGCUGCGGGAGACAUUGCAGGCGCGGUCGCGUCAGUGGCCACUUGACGAGAUAUCAAAGUCUCUCUGUUAUAAUUGAUACGUUCACAUGCCUGAGUAAUUCGUGCUUGUGAACAAUUGUACCCGCUCUGCCAGUCCAAAACUGCGUCGAACCGUGACCAAUCACACAAACGAC